AUGCGCGGCUUCCUGCACUACCUUUCCAUCCAGCACAAACUGGAAGAUUUAGAAAAUGAACACUGUGUAACAAAGAGCCUUUUUGAGCAGAUUUGGACCUUCUUCAAUGACCAGCCUCGCGCCAUCACCGCGCGCAACUGGAGAGGAGCGUCACGGAGCCUCUUCACAAAGUACCUCUGUGUUGCACGGACACUUUCCCUGACUGGAGUGAUUAAACUGCAACAAGCAUUCCGCACUCAUCGUGUAACGCUCCUCUCUGCUUGUCUCGAAUCGUUUGAGGCGACCCAAAGUUCCGCAGGCGCAGUUCUCCUCCUCCACGGCGGUGCGGGAGUCAGGCUCGGCUGUUGCCGUGGUGCUCGCCAGUAGACAGAUAGCAUCGGCGGAAGGAGGGGAUACAGAGACUCCUGCAGGCUAA